UCCGUGCCUGCGUAAAUAUCCCAUCGAGUAGACUUUCGCAAAUGUGAGAUAGAGCGGAGCGUCUAAAAAUUCACCGAUGCAUCUCAUUACAAGCGGGCUCAUCAGAUCAUCGCUGAAUUAUUAACGGGGUCUGUGAGAAAACCCGUAUCGUUGGAAUAAUCCUGAAAUGCACGAGAGAAAUGGAAGAACCGUCCAAUAUAAAGAAUCUGAAAUCGUCCACUGUAAAGAAAAACGAGAGAUUUUUUGUUCUCUUUUUACUGCUUUGAAAAAUGCCAGUGAUGGGAACAGUCUUACAGGACCGCACUUUGCUAACCGCGCAAAAUGAGCUUGUUUCCUUUGAUGAGACAGAAACUAAAGGUUUUGGACAUGCACCAAGCAGGAAAAACACAAAGACAUUUCUGCACCACCCACCUAAAAGUGGGAUCAGCCUGUCAGCUGAAACUGACUCUCAGAGAUUAAGAAAGACAAGAGGUAAAAUUCUGAUCGACUCCACAGCCAGGCAGCACAACACCAAGAUCAAACCUCACACCUCUUCCAAAAAUGGACAAACCGAAAGAAGACAGAAACAAAGCAGCAAUAGUAGAAAAGAGAGCAGCAGCCAGAAUUCUGUAAAAGCACUAAAAGAAGACUCAUCAGUAAGUCAAAAUGAGGGAACUGCACUUCAAGAGGACUCAGACACUGCAAGUGAUCUGUCUGAUUCUGAGAGACGUUUAUUGAUUCCUUCUCAAACCACACCUCCGGACCUUAACUUACGUGCGGAGGUAAUAGAUCCACCUGACUUUCGAUCCUUGAGACUUUCUUGUCGAGGACGCAACAAUUCCAGUGGCAGCUAUCCAGAUUUCUUACCGCCUCCUUUUAAUUCUUGGAGUCUCAAGCAGCUAGCCGUCUACUUAAAUACAGAUGACAAAGGAAUUCCUCGCCCAAAGCCCGUUGGACAGCUGGAGAGGUACUUGGAUCGUCUAAUACAAAAGGAAUGGCAUCAGAUCCAAACUGUCCAAGAGGAAUGUAGUAAAUCCAGUGCCCCGACACCAAAAGUUCGCUAUUUGCCUCAUACAUCUACUCAUUCCAGCCUCAGCUCUCCUAAAUGUAUCCUUCAGUGCCAGCGAGCUUUUCCCUUGGCCUUACUGUCCUCCUUGGCCAGCACUCCAACUCUGCAGCUUCCAAACUGUAGUUGUCCGAAUUGCAAGAACAGAUACCCCAUCAUAAACGGAAUGUGCCGUCCUUAUGUCCACCACCAACACAUACGGUUGAGUCCACUUCCGAAAGGCAAAGACUCAGGUUUUCCUAAAAGAAGCUACAGUGAAAGCAGGGCUCAUCAGUUACAACAAAGACACAGACCUCAUAAACACAGACUUAGUGACCCUCUGAGCGAGAGUAGCCAUUUGAAGCGCAUGCAGGCUAUUGGUAACAUUCGCAAUCCUGUAAGUUUCACAAACAAUCCUGACCAGAUUUUUAGAACAGCUAUUACAGACAGUACUGCCAGUCUUUGUGAUGUUAAAAUAAAAAUGCCAGGACAGAGGAGUCAUUCCUGUGUGGGUAUGAGAGAGGUUGGCUAUCAGGUAAGAGGACGAAGUGAACAAAGGAGAACAAAAGAAGACUUCAAGGACUCUAGUGCUAGUCAGCUGACCAGGAAACAAAAGCGUGUUGAAUUUGACACAUAGUUACGGGAGAUCAUUUUUUUAUGUGAAUUGUAUUUCUCAACUUCUCAUACUAUAGAAUAUCUUCGGUCUAUUUCAUGCUUGCCUACAGCAGUUCAUAUGUUAUUUUACUGCAUGCUGUACCACAUUUUAUCAUGUUUUUUACUUAAUCCAGAAAGCUGUUUUAAGAAGCUCUAUUUUAUACUGGUAAUUAUCUUAUUUAUUAUUACUACUCACUAUUACAUUGUACAUUGAAAAACAAUUUUCAUUCCUUUUACUGUCAAACGGGUACAAUUAAAACUACCAGAUAUGCUGUACUGUACUGUAUAUAGUGGAUCCUGAUACAGGUAUGUCUAAACACCACUGGGCUCAGUGUGACUUUUAUGAAAAGCAACACCAAUCAUCAUAGGCACAUGUACACAUAGACAUCAAGGGGGGCUUGAGCACCUGCCCUUUUUAUUCAUGGACAGAAAGUGCCCUUUUUUCUGGGGUGCUUUUUUAUUUUUUAAAAUAAUAUAUAUUUCUGUUUCUGUUUGCGCACAGUCAAACAAAUAUAUUUAUUGAAGAAUAAUAUAUCUAAAUAUCAGGUCAGGAGUUCUGAAGUGCUCUCUCUCUCUCUCUCUCUCUCUCUCUCUCUCUCUCUCUCUCUCUCUCUCUCUCUCUCUCUCCCCUAGUAGCAUAGAGAAUGUUUUCAAAACAUGCACAUUGUGGAAUGGUUUCCUUUGCUGCUCAAUAGACCCCUUCACGGUUCACGUCACAGGCGGUUCCCACUGCGCAUGUCGGGGUCAGAAAAGUCAUUACAGCAAAUUGAGUUGCGUAUUAUUCGGUGUCGUCAAAAAUGCCUACUUACGUCGUGGGCUGUGAAAGUCGCACCAGUCUUCCGUUAAGUUUUCACGAUUCAUGCGUAAUCUCAAAAACAAAAAAAUACAACAUCUGCGGCUGCAAGCAAUUAACGUGCAGACUGGGACAAUGCAAAUAUCAAAGAGGCUUGUGUUUGUAGCACUCACUUCAUUUGGGGUAAGUCAUCAUUUUUCAGACCUGUUAGAUUAAAUUAUAAAGCCUGAGAUCAUAAAAAUACUGUUUUGUUUUUCACACAAACCGAUCGUUUCGUGUCUUAGGACAUCGAUGUGUCGUCCUGAGCCGCAGGAUUUAAUUUGGAUUUGUCUGUGCAUGUUUUUUUGUCUAUCAGAGUUUGUUACCAUUCACUUGUGAGAUUGACAGACUGAAACGGUUGGACUUAAAAAUGUACAUUUGUGUUAUGUAUUAGCACGGGUGCCAGAUUAACACAGAUAUCUGUGAGGUAUCUGAACGUGUUGUCUAAUUUUGAUCAGUCUUCUUUUUGUAUUAUUUCAUUUUAUAUUAUUUUUUUAUGUUUUAAUGUUGUGUUUAAAUGUAGUGUGUUAUGGAAAUGUGUUUUUGGCAAUGUUUUUGGAAAAAGUGUUUAAUAAAUAGCUUUUAUAAACUCUAGUGAUGGUCAUUAAUUAU